ACAAUAGUAACCUUAUAAACGCAAUUAUAAUAUGAACAAUUUGUGAACAAUUUUUUCUCUUUAUUAUCUAAAUGAAAAAUUGUCUUGCGUGAUGUGAUAGUCAUAAAAGCUUUUUGUGGGUGAAAGGGUGAAGAUAGGUUUAGAUUAGGAAUGAACAGAUACAGUUUUAUGCGGGCUGUGUAACGGGUUACAAGUGUUUGCGCAUUAUAGUACGAAAUAUUUUUUUCAACCGGUGCAUUAGAUGCUUAAAAUACAAUAUUUUUUCAAGUAGAAAAUAAAAUACGUAAUUUUUUACAAAAAUAUUUGUGAGAAAUAAAAUUUAUUUUCAAAGACAUGCGUACAUUAAAAAGAGGCAUUUUAAAACGGCGCGUGCCGCAACAGUAUCCUAAUAAAACCUGUGCUGAACGCAUAAAACCAUUUUUAUUACUGUUCAAAUUGUGUGGAUUAUUUGCUAAUGAUAUCAACGCGGGUCGAUUAAAGAGUUGUUCAUGACGUACUUACGGUAUUUGUGUUUUUUGGAUAGGUCUCUUCUUCUCGUACAUGUGCUGUUUGUUUAUCUAUUUUGUGACCUUAAGUUAUAUUCCAUUAAAAGUAUCGAUACAUUUCGUGAAACAUUUGAUAGGAUACGUAAGUCUCAGUGCUAAUGUCAUUGUUGCUUACUCUUCACAAAAACACUUUAUCAAGUUUUUUGACCGACUGGAUAGUUAUGAUCACGAAGCUGCACGAAUGAAAAUAAGAAGGAGAGAUAAAUUAUGGAUACCCUGGAUUAUUGCAUUUUUAAUGGCUCUCGUUAGUCUGUGGCUUAUAAUUACGAUAAUGUAUAUAACGAAAGUGGACGACGCAUUCCUUUCAUCACUGUCAGACAUUUAUACAAUGAUUAUACAUAUGUGUGAUUUUCUAGAAAAGUUUCUUUUGCUAUACCUUGUACUGGAACGUUUGAAACAUUUGAACGAGAAGAUUGCGCCGAAUGUGUCGUGGGACGAAGAGCGACGCGAACCAAAUGCAAUAAGAAUAUCGGAUAUUAAAGUUAUGCACUUAAUGCUUUAUGAUGCUCACGUAGCCUUCAAUAAUGUUUACAGAAAUUCAUUAUUUCUAUCGUUCGGAUCUCUCAUGAUGCGCGUUGUUGCGAACCUGAGUAUAUUUCGAAAAGAAAACGCACUGAUAGCCAGCUCUUUCGUCGGUCCUCCAAUUAUGCUAAUGCUACUUAUAUGUAUAAUUUGUCAUCGCACAAUGGAAGAGGCAAAUAACAUCGUGUGUGUUUUAAACAAAACUAUGAUCACUCUUGUUAAUUCGGGAAAAACGAUGGUAAUGAUCUAAUAAAUGUGAUUAUCUUAGAAUAAAAAAUUGUGUGUAUAUAUAAUUUUGAUUCGUUUUUUCCUAAUUUUAGGCCAAAAUUAGCACUUUGACGUAUUUCUUACACAAUUGCGUAUCUUUCGAUGCGGCAGGAUUUUUUAGAAUCAACUUACCAUUAUUUCAUUCUGUAAGUGUAAUCCCUUAUUUUGAAUUAAUUAAAUUAAUUAAUUAUUAAAAGAAGGUCACCAAUAUUGGCAUAUCACUUUGUUUCUGUUCUAAGAAUUAAUAAUAUUUUUUAACCCUAAGCUAGAAGCAAAAUUUAAAAAAUUAGAGAAUAAUAAAUGUGAACUAAAAAGUGUUAUCUAGCAAUUUUUCUAAUACUGUUUCAUAUUUUGUAAUAAUUAAUAUUUUUACAACAUAAUCUAAAAUACAUAUUUAAGAAAUUGAGCCUCAAAAUUGGCAUAGUAGAAUAUUUCUUUUUUUGUAACAAAAAUUAUUUAUACAAAACAUUUAUAAAUUAAUUAAUAUUCACAAAUUUAUUUAUAAAUUAAUAUAUAAGAUUUGUAGAAACCUUUUACUUCGACAUACAAUUUUUUUUGUCAAUUUUUUGUCAAUUAUACGAAUAAUCUUUUUCGCAUAACGCCACAUAUAUCGUGCUCGAAUAUAUACAUAUAAAGAUCAGAUUAGGAUAGACUUAUUUCUAGUAGAUUUUAUGUAGAAGACAGUCAUGAAUAUACGUAUACAUAAGUUUUUAUCUUUUUCUUAUUUUCCAAAGAAAUCACGUUUUUAUCAGUAUUAAUACAGUUCAGUUUCCGAGAAAUAAAAGGGUGCUUUUUUAAAAGAUCUAUACUAAUAUUAGCAACUUUCUCUACUUUUAUUAUUUUUAAUUAAAAAAAAAUUUCGUUUUAAAUUUUCUAAAUUUUAAAAGUUAUUAAAUUAAGAUAAUCUAUAGAGCAAAUAAUUAUAUAAAAGAAACUUGUUAAAUUUUUACUACUUUUUUAUAUGCUGUUUUCAGAUUGUUGCAGCAAUAACUACUUAUUUCAUAAUACUCGUAUAAUUUCUUAAAUGCUUGUAUACGUAUCUGCACAUUUUUAUAAAAUAAACAAAAUUGAUAUUUUUUAAUAAAAAGUUAUCAUGUUAAUACAUGUGACAAAUGUGGAAAUGUGCGUAAUAUGUUUAAUCAUUAGUUUGCACUACGAUAACCGACAACUUGAUGAAUCGAACAACACCGAUAUCUCGAUGUUACUGCGAAUAAACUUAAUGUAUGUUCAUAUAACAAAAUCACAAUUUUUUUAUCGAUAUUAACACGAACGUCGUAUAAUUCGACAUGGAACCGAAAUCAUGAUACGUGAUACAUAUUUUUAGGUAAACUGGCGUUGUCAUUUCAUAUUAAUUAAUGUGUCGCAAAUAAAUAUGCACGUUAUAUAUGCGUUAUUCAACGAUUAACACGAUUGUGUCAAUGCUUUGUCAUGAUUUUCUAAUCUUCGUUUUUUAUCAGACUGAUUGCAUCGAAAAAUAUGCAUACACUUAUCAGUAACUAUAUCGACAAUGUCGGCAAAAUGAGAUUUGAAAGAGUAAAAAGAAAUAAAAGAGUCGAUAAUAUCUACAUAAAAUUUACAUAAAACUCAGUCGCAUGAUGUGAUUGCAAUCGUUUGGUUAUACAAAUCAACUAACUUUACUUAAUAAUUUAUUUUAAAAUACUUUCUUACAGUAAAGAUAUUUCUUCUAAUAAAAGUAAAUUUACACAAAGCAGUUAUUUUGUGAACAGAAAUUUUCUUUUUAAUCGCGAUAAAAUCGAUUAAAAAAAUGCCUUUCCGAAAUCUCAAGCUCUUAAUAAUACUCAACAAAGUAUUGGGUAUAUGUUCAUGCAAAUUGGUGAAUGGUCGAUUGAAACCAAGCAGUACGUGGAGCUGUUGUGUCUGUAUGCUAUGGGUCUUGUUUCAUUGCUCGUACAUGGCUACGUAUUAUUACAUGAAGUAUAAUGCAUUGCCUACUGAAAAAGUUAAAACGGAUUUCAUACUUACGAUUCUACGGUUUAGUAUAUAUUUCAUCUCGUUACUCCCUUACAAUUUCAUAGCAGCCUUUUGGAGCCAAGAUAUCGUUAAGAUGUCCGACAAACUUUUAACAUAUGAUGAACGGGUAAUAGCAUUAGGUCAUCAAAGAAAGGACAAACACAUAUUCGUGUAUCUAUACUUCAUGUAUACGCUCGUCACAUUAAGUUGGAAAUCGUAUUACACAAUCCGUGAUGGUAUAUCGGAAGGAAUGGUGGGGAUAAUAACUAUACUACAAAAUAUAGUUCUUACCAUCGUUGGCACUUAUUGUGUCUUAGUGACGUGUAUAUUUCUGGAUCUAAUACGACAACGUUUCCGUCACCUGAACGAGACGAUAGUUCCUCAUGUGUCACAGUUACCAGUAACCGGCUCGCAGAGUGAAAUCACGGUUUACGACGUGCGCUAUUUGCACGGCGUGCUUCUCGAUAGCGCCGAACUGAUAAACACACUAUAUGGAAUAGGCACCCUGCUCACCUUCAUGUCUAUUUUGCUGGAACUUGUUACGGCAAUAUACAACAUCAUAAAGGAUAUGCAGGAAGAUGAAAUUGUAACGAUGUUAGACUUGUUGUUCCAAACCAUUUACUUAUUCGCAAUGUACCACUUUACGACCUAUGAGGCAAAUCGUGUUGAAGAAAGUGUAAUAAAAUACGGUUUAUCAUUUUCGAAUAAAAAAUGCCGUAUGGAUAAAAUUGAGAUGAUGCUAUAUUUUUAUCAUAGAAGAUAUUCUUUCACGGCUGCGGAAUUUUUUCCACUGGAUGUAACGAUAUUCCUUCCGAUCGCUACUGCAGUAAUAACAUACUUGACUCUAAUAGUAUAAAUAAAAUGUAACAAGAAUUUAAAGAAACAAGUAGUGUUAAAAAUAAAAUAU